AUGCUGCUCUUCUUGGCAAUUUCCCUUUCGCUUUCGCCUACGCUUUGUCAGCGGACAGACUCUCGCGAUUCCGGUCAAAGCUCAACACUACGACCAGCAACAAGAUCCGCCGUGCCAAAUGUUACAGAUCUUCAGAAUGCGACCAGAAAUGCCGUUGAAGUCUUGAACAAAAUGAUAGAUGCCGAACAAAACCAAAGGAACAUCAAUCUGUUCAGAAGAGCAGUCGAAGCCCUUCAAACAGCCCUUCAAAGUGUGCAAAACAUCACAUAUGACAGGGAAACACUGCGUGAGUUGGCAGGGCCUAUACGACGUCUGAACGCUGCUAAUCUCGACGAUGACAGUAACGACGAUGAUGACAACGACAUUGCUGACCGUGUGGAACACAUUAUGGACGCAGCCAGUGAGAUCAUCAGAGACUACUGCGAUUAA